AUGUUGUUUUAUGUGUGUUCCAGUCCAAGAGUUGUUCUCUUCCAAUUGGGGUUUCGAAAGCGCACCGAACACACUCAACCAGAUACCGAAGACACCCUUUACGAAUAUGAUGGGUUUUAUGGUGCCUCCAAACGCCUCUCAGCCUCUCUAACUCCCAUAACUGCCUCCAGGGACAAUGAGUCGUCCCACUGGUCAGCAAACGGUGCCUUCCUCACCUCUAUCCAGUCAUUAGGCACCAACUACCCCAACAACUAUGGACUUAGGUCAAAUCGCCUCACUGCUUUGGUGUGGCGUGCCGCUCCCGAUAUCGUACGAAUUGGGCUGUUUGAUCUAGAUCGGUGGUACCAUGCCCAAAUGCCCUCUUCUAUCAGGUACGUUCGUCCAAUUACUCAUGGCCCCACAAGUUAUCGCCCUACUUAG